GAUGGGAGGGUUUUCUAGGUCAUUUUUCAAUUGCCGAGGUACCAGUUAAGCCAAGCUCAAUUGUACCCACCCAGCCAGAAGGGAAGAUUUAGAAGAGAGAGAGAGAGAGAGAGAGAGAGAGAGUUUUUCUCCCAACAGUGUGUUGCCAUGAAAUCAGUUGGCCAGGGAUGGAUUUCCCUCCAAAUCAACCCACUUCAAAUGUCCCACCACAACUCUCUCCCACACAUCACUUAUCACAACCACCUCACUUUCUCCUUCAAACCCAUCAUCAGUAUCCCCUCCAAACCAUUCUCAGUCUCAGUCAAAUGCCAGGAGCAAACCCACCACAUCCUCAAUCCCCAACCCAACGAGACCCAAGACGAUGGCAUACCCAUCGACCUCGUCAAAACCCUCGUCAAAUUCAAGUCCCGGCACAACUACAUCCGUGUCCUCCAAGUCUCCCGCACCGCCGACCACCCCUUCGCCGGCUCACGACUCCUCCUCCUCGAUUCCCCUGGCAACAUCCACAGCAUCUCCUUCCUCCUCAAAUCCCUCACCUCCACCUACUUCGACGUCUUCGCCACACUCCCCCCAAUCUUGCCUCCCGGACCCCUCGGCAUCCUAGGCUUCGGAGCCGGUUCAGCUGCCCGCCUCAUCCUCGAUCUUUACCCCAACAACGGUGUCAUUCACGGGUGGGAGCUUGACCCGGCUGUGAUUUCAGUCGGGAGGGAGUAUUUCGGCCUCUCCAGGCUUGAGAAACAACACCCAGAUCGGCUUUACAUAUACAUCGGGAAUGCGCUGAAUGCGGAGAUCAAAGACGGGUUUUCGGGGGUGUUGGUGGAUUUGUUUAGCAAGGGUUGUUUGAUUCCGGAGCUGCAGGAGCCGAGGACGUGGGAGAGGAUGAAGAGGAGGUUGAGGAGAGGUGGGAGGAUUAUGGUGAAUGUGGGGGGGAGAUGCGUGGAGGCAGAGGAUUCGAGGAGAGAUGGGAAUGUGGUAAUGAAAGAGACAUUGAGGGCAAUGCAUGAGGUUUUUCCAGGUGAGCUUUCAGUGUUGAGUCUUGGGAAUAGGGAAGACGAUAGCUCCAUUGCUCUUACUGGUGAAUUGCCAGAUGCUGAUACGUGGAAGAAGGCUCUCCCAAAACCUUUGAGGUUUUAUGCUGAUUUCUGGACACCCUUCAAUGGAUCAUAGGAUUGCUUUUUUUUUUUGGUUAAUCAUCUUCUGGUGAUUGUGUUUUGUACAACUUGGUAAACCUAUUGAUUUUGAAAAUAUACACAAAAGAAAUCAGACAAAUAAAUGUGUUGAUGAUGCA